GAUUGAUGUAGUCGAUAUAAUGUAAUUUCAGAAAGGGGAUCUCAUAUUCAUUCCUAAGGUUAGCGGUUCAUCCUUGAGCUAAUGAAACGAACAUUUACUGUCAUCCUUUUCUUUCUCCUGACAAGUUCAAAAAAGUCUUAUUUUACAUUAUCUCCGCUUAUCAAACUAUAGAGUGCAACCACAGGGGAUGUCCUAAUGUAAAGGAUUGUUUACAUAUAAAUGCUUAUGGUUCUUUCUUUCUUUUUCUUGUUUUUUUUAUCGAAAUUAAACUAUGCGUGUCACAUAUCGUUUAUUGCUGCUACUACCUUGUCUACUACAGGUUUCUUCUGUGCCUCUAGUUCGUCGUGGUGACGAAAAUCCUUCGCCAUGCACUCCAGCACCAAAGCCAUGUGAGCCCAACUGCCCUCCAGAACCACAUCCAGUCAUUCAGGCAACACCAGGCUGCUUGAUUCAAUCUCCAGCUCUUGCUCUUCCCGCUCCGCCCAUUCCUGGUUUACCAAAGGCCUUCCCGGCUGUCCCAGGAGUACCUGUUCUCCCACCCGCUCCAAACCCAGGUGACCUCCUUCCAGAAGGCGCAACAAACCCAGGCACUUACACUACUGGUCUUCCUGUUGUUGGCGGCCCACAAGCACCUCCUUUACCUCUAGUUCCGGCCCCACCUACCUUGCCUACCUUACCUGCUCUACCUGAACUAACUCAACUGAGUACUGUACCUACUGAUGGAACGGGUGCCCUUCAAAGCUUAGGUGAACUUCAGCUUCCAGCAUUGGGUAGCGACUAGAAGAAAGGGAAAAGCGUACAUGUAUAAACCUAACUCAUCAACAUCCAGUUGAACAUAUAGACAAUAUCAUACCUAUUUAUACUGUAGUAUUAUUUAUUUUAUUAAUAAAAUAUAGUCAACAGAUAUACUAGUCAAAGAUGACUGUAAGGGCGUAUGAACCCUAU